UCAGUCCCCUUUUCUCUCUCACUCCCUCCCUCCUCAUUGCCAACACUGUGCUCUCCCCCGCAAACAGACAACUUCCCACUAGACGCAGGCCGUACCAGAUUGGCUUUCCCAGAAAAAAAAACUCCCACACCCUCCUCUGAAUAGCUCCGGAUCAGGUGGACAUUAGUGGAACUUUGCUUUUCGGCUUCAGAGAGGUGCGUUCAGACAGAGCUUGCACCAUGAGUUAAUCAAACUCGGACUGUUUCCUCCUCUUCUUCUGAUAAAGUCGUCCGACCCACUUUAACCAAAGAACAUGUGCUUAUGUGGGAAUAUGUGGAGAUGGCCAAACGGUGCUUCUGAAGGGACGAUGUUGCUGCUGCUGCUGGGCCUCAGCUUGGUCCAGGCCGGUUCUGCCCAGCUCACAUGUCAAGCAGGGGAAUCCGCUCAGAACAUCACCCAGCCUCAAUACAACAACAUGGUCCAAAAGAACUCCAAUGCGGACUUUCUGAUGCCUUUUGUUCGUUCCUUUCUUGGCACAGUUCAGCCUCAUCCUUUUCCUACAGAUUUAAUCCUGCGAGUAGUCAACAAUCCUGGGGAGGUGUUCUCAAAUCAAGAGCUGACAAAAGCUAUCCUGGUGUACGAAGUGGGUUUCCUUGUUUGUAUCGCCAUUGGGAUUCUCUACAUUGUCCUGAUGCCUAUAAUAGCUUUCUUCGUGGCUUGCUGUCGAUGCUGUGGUAACUGUGGUGGGAAGAUGCAGCAGAAGCAGACAUCCUCCACCCACUGUCUCAGAAGAACUCUCUACUUCAGCUUAUUUUCAAUCACAAUCAUUAUCUUAGCCGGCAAUGUGUGCAUGUUCAGAAGCAAUGAAGCUUUUAAACUGAGUGUGGAGCAGAGUCCUCUGGAGCUCAAAAACACCAUAGGGGACAUGAGCAGCUUCCUCACAGCUGUGCCACAGCAAGUGGAAGAUGUGACGAAUGAGGGCAAGAGAACUGUGCAGGCGGUUAGCAGAAACUUAAACGAUAUUGGACAACAGGUGGGAGAGAAAAUUCAACAGCGCUUUAGUGGAACAUUUAAUCCAGCUCUGCAGGCGGUCAAACUUCUACACCAAGAAAGUUUGAACACCAGCGACCUCCUGGACAAGCUGAACUCGUCUCUGACCCAACUUCAGUCCAGCUUAGACAUUAUUCAGGCCAACGUCACUGCCUUCAAAGGCCGGAUCCAGAAGACGCUGUCCAAGCCAGGUUGUGUUAAUUGUGGCAGCCUAGCAGGAGAAGUGGAGGAACUAACUGUGGAUGCGACCAUAUCUGCCCCCAGCCUGCGUGAGUAUCAGUCUGCAGUGGAUGAUGUCAUUAAAGGUGACCUCCAGUCUAAUAUAAUUGAGGCGGAAAAGUUUUACAGCACCAUUCCUCAGAGGGUGACCAAUGAGACAGAGGAUUUGGUUACACAAAGCAAACAGCAGCUGCAGGAAAUAGAAAACCAGAUUUCACAGGUUUCCAAUGAACUGGACCUAUCAGCUUUAAGAGAUGUGACAGGGACUCUGGACCAGGUGCAAAACCAGAUUGAAACAGUUUCACCUGAAGUUCAAAGAUUUGAAAAUAUCAGAUGGGCAGUGGGUGUGGCCCUGUGCUGCGUGGUCCUCCUGGUGGUGGUCUGUAACAUCCUGGGUCUGGUUCUGGGCCCUUUGGGUCUGUCCCCAAAGGCAGACCCAGCCAACCGCUCCUGCACCUCAGACUGCGGAGGCAUCUUUUUCAUGAUGGGCGCAGGGUUCAGCUUCCUCUUCUCUUGGAUCUUCAUGAUACUGGUGGUGCUGCUCUUCAUACUGGGGGGAAAUAUGUACACAUUAAUUUGUCGACCAUGGCAUAAUGGCCAGCUGCUAAAGUUUCUUGACACUCCGGGUUUAAUCCCACAACUGGAAUUAGGCCCUGCUUUGGGACUCAAGACUGACAUCAACCUCUCUGAUAUCUACAGGGACUGUAAAGAAAACCAACCUUUGUGGACGACACUCCACUUGCAUGAACUUGUAGACCUCGCAGAUGUGCUCAAUGUGUCUAAGUACACAGCACAGAUCGAAGAGGAGUUUGAAAAGACCGAUAUCACUCUGUCUUCAGUCAGUCUCCUGAGUCCCGAAAUAAUAAAAGGGCUUCAAAACGUUGCUGCUGAGGCGACUGAUUUCAACAGCACUGCCGUUACACAGCAGCUGAAUGACAUUUCAAGCAUCAAUUUGAAUUCAACAGCAGAUAAAAUUGAUCAACUGGCUGACACUCAACCACCAGGAAUACAAGGUGAGCUUAAGGUGGAAGCCUCCAAACUGAGGCAAAUUCAAGCAGACAUAGAAACAACCAUCUUUCCACAAGUGAACAACCUGAAUUCAUCCAUGAAGAGCCUUCAGUCCACCACAGGAAAAAUCAAUGGGACAGUGGAGGAGGUGCUGAGCAAAGUUGGAGCAGCACAAGACUUCCUCAACACAAAUACAACCCAGAUUGUAAAGACCGAAAGCAGGAGGUUUUUAAACUGUCAGGUGGAUUACUUCAGUGCUUACGCUGACUGGACCACGAUUAUGAUCACACAGCAGGUCGGCCGCUGCGAGCCUGUCGCCAGAGCUAUAGACUCGGCUGAUGUUGUCCUUUGUGUUAACAUGGUGGAGUCUCUGAAUGCGUUCUGGUUCAGCCUGGGUUGGUGUAUGAUGUUCUUCAUUCCCAGCAUCAUCUUGUCCAUGAAGUUAGCUAAAUACUACAGGAGGAUGAAAUACACGGAUGUCUUUGAAAAUCCCAUCAUUAUGAACCACAUCCCACGGGCUCAGCUAAAACCCACCUGAGACGGGAUGACGUUUGAUUGAAGCCUCUUAACAGAUCUUCAGGCACAAAUGUUCGAGGAAAAAAAACGAAAAAAGCACACGGGGCACCAUUGCACAGAUGUGGCACAUUGUCACCUGGGUAAACACACUGAAAAAAUGACAUUUUACGAGGAUAUUUACUUGAAUUCAUUUGUAAACUUAGGUUUUUCACUGUAGUAAAGAGAUGACUCCAACUACUGUGUUUAAACGGCACAUUUCAUACAACAUAAGUUUCCGUUUUAAACCCAUCUUGAGGGAUUUUAGUGAUAUAUGGAGGCCUUUAUGUUUAGUUUUUUUUCAAUAUUUCCUGUCUGAAAUCAGCUCCACAUUUCCUUAAUAUUGAAAAGCACACAUAUCUGUUUUUACAGAGGUUUAGCAAACCGUUGCCAAUGGGAAACAAGUUUUUUGUGAGAAUUAUUAUUUUUAUUUACAGUAAAGUUAGGAACAGAUGUUUUUUUUAAAUUAAAAUACCUUAAUUGAAUAGCAGAUUGUUUUUUUUUUUUUACUUUACAAUAUCAUUAUAGCUUUUUUUUUUAACUGAGUAGUGAUUUCCUUUGUUGUUAUUAACAUGUCAUUGAGAGUGACUUUUGUUUCAUAGUCCUGCAGCAUAAAUUCCUUUCCUUUGAUACGCAGCACUUUACAUGAUUGUUUGAUGUAAUUUUUGAAUAUUUGGAAUCUUUCUAUCUGAAAAAAAAAUUGUAAAUAAAAUCAGUGUUCAUCGAAAAU